AUGUCAUUUGGCGUCAAUUUUAGCGAAGCGACAGAUGAACAACAAUUAAUAUGCAACAAACUAGCAGCUGCCGCAUUCGGGGAACCGCUUUCCGAAACCGACUUCCUGGAGCGAGAAGAGUUCAUGAGCAGACAAGCUCUUGCGCAAGAUGAUGGUUACGCUUCUGCGCUUCUACACAACCUCGCCCAAUGGCUGGAUGGACCGGGAGACGCGCUCGCGAGCAUGCUUUACAGCAACAAAGAAGUAUUCUAUGCCCGACUUGGUUGGACUCCGGUUCCGGCCCCUGCAAUCGUGCUUCCCACCGACCUCUCUAUCGACGACGACCUCUACAUGGCGCACGGCACACAAGACAAUAUCCGGCAUCUGUGCGCGGACGACAUCGACGAGCUAUGCAUAGAGGACACCCGUACAUUGCUAGACAUCGACAAAGUGCGAACCGCCGAAGGACACACGUUUAUGACCGUACUUCCAACGACGGACCUGAUCGACUGGCAACACAAAAGGGCGGACUUCAUGGCAAUGAAGAUACACAAGAAGUCGCCCACAGUCAAAGGAGCUUUGCACAGCUCCAAUGCUUGGAUCUACUGGCAUCACGAUUUCCGAAAGCAGCGCCUUUUCGUUCAAAGGAUUCGGAUAUCAGUUGAACCUGGGGUAGAAAGAGACGAUGCCCUCGUUAGUCUUGUACUUUGCGCCAUUCGUGAGGCUCAAUCAUGGGCACUGCCAACGGUUGUAUUAUGGGGAGUUGCAUCUGAUUUGCAUAAUAGAUUCGACAUACUAAAGACCAGAUUCGGACGGCUCGACCCGAUUCUGCAGACACAAAGACGGGAAACCACUUCUAUCAGAUGGAGAGGCGGCAAGAACGACAAGGCUGAUAUCAUUCCCGACGAACACUACGCUUGGAACUGA